AUGGGACCUCGUACACUAUGCAAUGCUUGUGGGCUCGUGUACGCCAAGAUGAUAAAAAAACGUUUUCGAGAAAAAAUCAACAUGAUGAAGGGUCAGAAUGGCAAACAUAUUCCUCCCCAAGCUACUGGUGACGACUCUUUGAAAGGCGAGAGCAAAGACGACGACGGGUAUUCGCAGGACCUAUGGAGCGAGCUUGUGGAGAUGGCUUCGAUUUCUAGUUAUCAGAAAGUAGAUGACACGGUUCAGGAAGGCCAGACUUGUUUGGGCUGUAAUGCUACCUCUACGCCAGAGUGGAGACGGGGACCGAUGGGACCUCGUACACUAUGCAAUGCUUGUGGGCUCGUGUACGCCAAGCUGCAGCCGAAAUUAUCAUUAUUACACUCACUUUGGCAUAUUCCUUGGCCGUGUUAUUCAACAGCGUUUAUAGACACGAAGCUUCUGCUCGAUUCUGUCUCACCUACGGGCCGCAAUUUUUUUCUUUCGCCGCAACCUACCAACGUCUUCAAGCCAGAAGUCAAUCUAGAGUACGCCCUCGCAAAACUUGUGCCGUUCACUGAGCACAAAAACAUCAUUCGUAGAGGUGGCGUCGCAUCUACAAUCAAGGACUGCUCCUUCCACGCAGCAGGCCAGAAAGCGAUCCUCAGCCCUGAAUCCGCCCUAGUCUCCGUCACCCCCUCCAAGCUCCAGUCACGUGGAAUCGAUGCCCUCCCCUACUUGUUGCUCUCGGACCCGAAGAAUUCGAACUCAACGUUCGAUCAAGAAAAGCUUCUCGAACCACUCCAGUUCCUACCGCCCACGAAAACUCGCAAGUCCGACUCCACUAUCCGGCUCACACCCGUAGAAACCCUGCAUUUGCUAUGCCACACUCGCUGGGGACGUGAUUACCUCCGUCAACACGGCGUUACGAGAUCGUGCGUGCAGCACAUAUGGCAGAGACGGUCGACAAGAUCUCUGAACAUAUUGAGAGGCUUGUGCAGCUUAUCCAUGGCGACGAACUUAAGAUCGCCGAGGCAGAGGAGUUGGAUGAGUUAG